GCGGGCAUACACAACAGGAGUCACGUGACCGGUGGGGCUACAACAUGGCGGAUGUUGAAACGUCGAAAUCUUUGAACGGUUUGCUGAACGGAAUAGCACAAAUAGUGUAUUAUAAUAAUGCUGAAAUAACAGAGGAACUUUUGAAAAAUGAACUUUAUCCAGACUUAACGCAGGAGGAGUUUCGAGCGAUGCAUGAAAAGAUGAAAGGUCUUUUAAAGUCUAUCGCCACUGCUAACAUGGAUCAGGCCCAGCUGGAAGCCUUCCUGACUGCCCAGACCAGGAAGCAGGGCACGGGGGGUGUGAGCGCCGAGCAGGCGGCCGCCCUCUCCCGGUUUUGGAAGAGCCACCGGGCCCGGGUGAGGGAGAGCCUGCUGGGCCAGAGCCGCUGGGAGCCCAGCCUGAAGGGCCUCACCUGGAGGGUGGACCUCCAGACCUCAGCCAGCAGAGGGGGUGCUGCUAACAUUCCCGUGGCCCUGGUGGAGCUGGAACUGGGCAGGACUGGAGAGGAUUCAGACUUUGUGUGUCUGGAGUUUGACGAGGCGAAGGUGAACCAGGUGUUGAAGAAGAUGGCAGAGAUCCAGGAGAGCAUCGACGCCAUCGUACACCGCAGCUAGGGUCUACAAUUCUGUGUGAAAUAGGAGAGAAACGUCCCUGUUCUAUUAAAUCAAUAAGUGGUU